CGCCUAUAUAUUUCGGACAAUACAUAGUUAAGACACGCCACCGUUGAAUAGCUUUACAGAUAAGGAGCAAACAGCCACCCGCUGCUGCCCUCCACACUUCGGACUUUCUGUUGACCUUUGCGAAAAGGGUUUAUUGCUUUAGGUAUACAACAAAGAACAUGUCGGCGGCAUUUCUCGUCUCGGCGAGGUUCGCGCAUCCUCAACAGCGACCCAUGGCACCGCGGCGAACAUUGAGGCUGCACUGCGCUGCCGUCAGUAUGAACCCGACAAACUUCUCGCUGGUCAAGCAAGUUGUCCUGUCAAAGACCAAAAUCCCUGAGCACGAUUGGGACCCCAACGAAGACGAGCGCAAACGGCUUUCAACCAUGUCCGUACAAACCGUCGCAGCCAAGCUCGAGGAGCUCCAACAACUUUUGCAACCGCCUUCCGUUAACCUCCUCAUGACUAAGGUUCCCGCCAGUACCCUGGCCCGGCCGCCCAUCCGCGUCCGCGACCAGGUGCUUGCGGUUGCCGACAUGCUGGGGCAAGCCACCGAGCUGGAUGCGGCGAAGGUGCUGGCACUUACCCGGCGCACCAUGGGCAAGCCGGAUGAGCACUUUCAGGAGCGCAUAGACGCGCUGGCUACGAUUGGGGACCUGGGUCUGGCUCAGCGCACGGUCAUCAGCCGGCCCAAGGUCCUGGAGCAGACCCCGCAAGCCAUCCAGCUCAAGAUCUCGCUCAUUCGGCAGGCGGUGCAGGCGGGUGGCAGCGAGGAGAUCAGGAGGGACCUGGAACGGAUGUCGGCCAGCCAGCUGGGGUACGCCCUGACGCGGGGUGUGCCGGGAGUGCUGCGGCUCAAAUACCUGGCGGAGAAGAGGUACAACGUGACCGUUACGCUUGAUACCGUACUGCGGUACUCGUCGGAGAAGUGGAACAAGAUGCACCCUGAUUAUGAUGCCUGGUUGGAGGAGCAGGAAGCUGUCAUCCAGAGCGAGUAUCUGGACAUGUAAGCUUGCUGUCGCUGCGGAGGGGAGCCGGGCACGGCGGGUGCCGGUAAUCGCUGUACGGUGGGGGUUUGCUGGGGCCGGUCGACAGAGGUGGCGGGGAGCUUGUAGUGUGGUACAUUGUGUAUGAAUAAGCGAAGCUAUGGCUGGCCCUGGCUGUAGGCCGAGAAAAUAAUCUAUGUAUGAAGUAAGUUAGAGGCUGUUGGCGGUGGUGUUGCAGUUCUUAGCGCUGUUCAUGCGGAUGGAGCCAUUGACGCGGGUGUUGUUGAGGUUUAAGGAUGAAUGAGCGAUAGUAGUUUAGUGGCUCUAUUCCCUUGCAUCCCUUGGUGUGUAGCUGUAGCGCUAUCCCGUUCUAUGUGUGCCUUGCCAAAUCCAAUCGGGUUGUAUUAUAUACGAGGAACAGUGUCCAAGUGCUUAGCUAGCUAUCAACGGUUCCCUUUGGCUAUAUGUAGCCGGCCGCGCUUUGGGUUUUUGCACAUACAUGCAAGCGCUGUGCCGCGCAUGGUGAUGGAUGGUGGAUGGCUACUUCAUUUAUCAAUAGCAGUAAGUCAAUCCAGAGCACUCUGUUUGGUUUUUUCGGUGGAAUUCGGCUGCAGACUUCAGGGCCCCGUGCAGUGCUGCUGAUGUAAGGUCGAGGGGGAAUGGAAA